CGGUUCUAUAUCAUGAAAUGAAAUCUAAACUAAAACCAUAUACUUUCUCUGCAAAUUCUGCCCUGUAUGUAAGCAGAACUUUUGCUAACCGUGUAGCUAGCAGGUCGGCUAACUGAGCACUACUUCUAGCUCCUGAAAGAGGAAUAAUGUUGACCCCACCGAAGGAGGGGAUGCCCAGUAUGAUAGAGAGGGCCUUGAGGAUGAGGAGAGAGGAGCAGGCUCGCCAGGUGGUCCUCGCCUGGGCUGUGCUCAAUGUGUCCUUAGCUGGCAUGAUCUACACUGAAAUGUCAGGAAAGUUGUUGAGCCGAUACUACAACAUCACCUACUGGCCUAUUUGGUACAUCGAACUGGUGCUUGCCUCUCUUUUCAGCCUCAAUGCUCUUUUUGACUUUUGGAAGUAUUUCAAAUAUACAAUGGCUCCAUCCACCAUUGCUGUAUCCCCUGAGCAGCAUCGCCUUUUAGGUCUGAGAAACACAAAUAUUCAGGCUUCUCCACCCCAGAAGCCAGAAAACAAGGACACCCCAGUUCCAGCCCAGUCAUCCCCACUACAGGGCCAGAGCGUGCUGAGCUUCAGUCCUUCUCGACCAGCCAGCACCAGCCCAAAGUUCUCCCCUAGCUGUGUACCUGGGUACAGCCCUCCUCUCAGCAACCCCUCUACCCCAAACAGUGCGGGAGGACCCUUUUCUCCCUCAGUGGCUCUUGGAAAAGUGUUGAAUUACAGUUCCUCCUCUGGUUCCUCUCCCUACCCCAGCAGCAUUGGGCCAGCAGAAGGCUCCAGCUUGAGGACUCGAUACCGCACUUCCCCCUCUGUGUUCAACUGCCCAGGAAGCAAGGAGGACUACAUGGAAGAUCUGAAAACCCUGGAGAGAUUCCUUCGCACAGAGGAGGAGAAAAGUCACCGCAGCCAGCUAGGAAGUCCAGAGUCUGUGUCUCCGAGCCACAGUCCAACAUUCUGGAACUACAGCCGCUCAGUGGGAGAUUAUGCACAGAGCCUGAGGAAAUUCCUGUACCAGCCAGCCUGCCGCUCUCAGGCUCCAUCUGCCCACAAGGAUGAAACGGACCUUGGUUCCAAACAUGCUGCUGAGGAGGUGUGGGCAAGAAUCACGACCAGUCGCCCUGUAGUGGACCGCAUCGAUAGCUGGACAGCCAAGCUUAGAAAUUGGAUCAGUGACACCAUCUUGGUCCCUCUGGUUAAGGAAAUAGACUCUGUCAACAGUCAGCUCAGGAGGAUGGGCUGCCCUGAGCUCCAGAUAGGAGAAGCCAGCAUAAGCAGUUUAAAGCAGGCAGCAGUGAUGAAAGCCUCUUCCAUUCCUACAAUGAAUUCUAUUGUCCAGUACCUGGAUAUCACUCCCAACCAGGAAUACCUAGUGGACCGGAUCAAAGAGCUGGCUCACAGUGGCUGCAUGAGCUCUUUCCGCUGGAACGGUGGUGGCGAUUUUAAGAACAGGAAGUGGGAUACAGACCUCCCCACUGACUGUGCUAUUCUUAUGCAUGUGUUUUGUACAUACUUGGACUCCAGACUGCCCCCACACCCAAAGUACCCAGAUGGGAAAACUUUCACUUCACAGCACUUCAGCCACACCCCAGACAAACCUGAUGUAACCAAGGAGAACCUCUUCUGCAUCCACCAGAGCAGCACUACCCCUCCUCACUAUCAGCUCAUCUACCAGGGACACAUCUACAGUCUGCCCAAGGGCAGGAACAACCUGUUCCACACAGUCCUCAUGUUCCUGUAUGUCAUUAAGACCAAGGAGGCAGGGAUGCUGGGGAGAGUGAAUCUUGGCCUCUCUGGGGUGAAUAUCCUGUGGAUAUUUGAAGACUGAUGUACUGUAGUUUACAGCAAUAAAAAAGCUACAAGUGGAUUAUUUUUCUCCUCAAAGAUUUGUGGCUUCAUUGGUUGGAUUAUCACCCCAACUUAAGGACUGAUUUUUUUUUUUAGGGGCACAUUGGAGAAACAUCACUUGAUUUUGAAAUGACAGUAAAUGCCCAUUUUUAGAUAUUUUCUCAGUUUUAACUUACACAUUGGCAACAUGCUGUACCGUCACUGUGAUUAUAAGAACAAAUUUCUCUUACACCACAGUGUGCUUACGAUACAACGCACAGCUGCAUUUUUAACAUUGGUUAGUUUGCUUAUUUUCUAUUUUGAGGAUGUAUCAGCAUGGUAGGCUUGUACUGUAAAUACUAUACCUCAAAACUGGUGUCUGGCAAAUGGCUCAGACCUGUUCAUCUUGAAUGUAAAUACUCUAUGUAUGGAUUUGACAUUGUUUCCUUAGCUUCAGUGAGCUUUUGCAACAUUUUGCCCAUAUUUGAAUGAACGUCUUAUAAAACCAGAAUGAAUACACAAACACUUAAGUAUUCUGUAGUUGGGAAGCUUCCCACAGUACUAGGCUGCAAUGAGAAGCCAUUAUAUAUAGCAUUUAUAAUUUUGAUAGGUGAUGGAACACAAAUGAAGAGCCUAUGAAUUACCAAAGUCUGAGUAUUGCAGAAUACUUUUUUUUUUAAAUAAAGAAAUGCUGUUUAUCUGGCUUUUGUGUUAGUCAUUUGUACAUUACGUUUGAAGAAGAUUUAUUUUAUUGCAACAUUGUGACACAUACGCCGAAAUUCUGUUUGGAGCCGAGGGCCUAGGGCUGCAGCGUGCAUAUGUGCCACCAUCACGGGCAACUUGGGGGCUCAGUGUCUUGCC